UCUGCUGCUUCCGGACCCGCGCUCGUCGUGCUCAACUUGCUGCCGCGCGUGAUCGAUCCGUAGUGAUGGCCAGCGCCGACGCCAACAACGAGCACUCCCCCGUGUCCACACCGAGCUUGUCCGGGUACUCCGCAUCCUCAGAGGGGUCACUGGGAAGCGCCGAUGAAGGAGAUUUCUCCGGCAUGGUGGUGGACCCGCUGCUGCCUUCUGAGGCAGUGGCGUUCGGUUCGGUGUCGGAGAUGGGGCGCGGCCGGAAGAUCAUAGAGGACGCCCUGUCACUGCGCCCGUCUUUCUGCGUCUGGGCAGAUGGCUCGCAGAUGCACUUCUUCGCCGUCUUCGACGGCCACGGCGGCCACGAGGUGGCGGCGCUGUGCAGGGACCAGAUGCACGCGAUCCUGGCGGAGGAGUUGGCCGUCGCAGCAGCGGCCUACCGGGAGGCGCACCAGCAGGAGGACCAAGAGGCGGAGUUUCGCGCGUGGGAGGAGGCGCUGAAGCGUAGCUUCGAGCGGGCGGACGCGCUGGGGGCGUUGGAGUCGGGGGGCACCAUCAUGGGGUCCACGGCCGUGGUGGCGCUCCUGGUCCGCGACUUCAUCCUCGUUGCCAACUGCGGCGACUCCCGAGCCGUGCUGUGCCGCGCCGGCGGUGCCAUCCCGCUGUCCCAGGACCACAAGCUGGAUCGGCCAGACGAGAGGGCUCGGAUCGCGGCGUCGGGUGACACGGUGUUCUACUUCAACGGGAUGCUGCGUGUGAGGGGGAUAUUUGGCAUGUCGAGGGCAUUAGUGGCAUCCCCUAGGCCCACCUUAUCUUCUUAUUGUUUCCCCCAUACAACUUUCCUCUCCCACAUUGAGGAGUGGGCUCUCCCCAUGAAGGUGCAAAAACAUGUGGUGAACCUGUGGGACUUGGUGGACACCGGUGUUGGUGAUCCACACGAUGACCGGCGCACGCUCUAUGCCAUCCUGAGCGGAGUGCCCAUGGAGCUUAUGCGCACACUGGCCCUCAAGCUGAUGGAGGAAGUGGUGUGGGACACACUAAAGACCAUGCUUGUGGGCAUCGAGCGUGUCUAG